CUUUGGUAAACAAUCUCCAUAAUACAUCCCACGUGUUCCAAACGACAGGCACAGCAAGUAGAGAUAAGAAUUGUUUUCUCUUCUCUCUCUGAGCUUUCUCAUCGCCUUCCUCAGGAAAAAUCCUGGGAGAGAGAAUGAUGUGUCUCUCUGCUCAAAAAGUAUGUGAAUAUCACACAGAACCUGUCCAGAGUACCUGGAUGUGCUCACAAACCAGUACAGUAACCAUCCCAUCUGUUGGUCUCUUAAUACCUUCUUCACAUCAAUGAGAUUUUUGGACGGAGUCCCUGCCAACUCCCAGCUGCCACAGGAAGCAGGGCUGUGGUGUUUCAGGGAAUGAUGCUCCAAAAAGGUGUCAUUGCUCUCUGUGUUCCAACACAGCAAGAAAACCUAAGUUCCAAGGUAACCUCAGUGAUGAGCAUGAGAGAGUGGAGAGGGAAAGGGGAGACAGGAGCAGCCUCUGUGCUCAGACAACUCACAACACACUUUCCUGCCCUGUGCAGGGUUGGCAGGUACAAGAGGCUGAAGAAAACCCCUUGGUGCCAAACUCCAAUUGCCACUGUGCUCCUUUCAGAUCCUCAGGAGACAUGUCCUGCAUUCACAGCCCUCGGCUUCGGGAAUGCUUUGAUAGGGACAGAUCUGAAAGUGAAGCUGCUGCUCUACACCCGGCAGAACCCAAACUGUGCUGAGGAGCUCCACUCAGCAGCCUCCACAUACCUCAAUGUGACCAAGAAAACGACCUUCAUCGUGCACGGGUACCGAUUCACAGGUUCUGCCCCCGUCUGGAUCCCUGCCCUGGUGCAUCUCCUGCUUUCUGUAGAGGACAUGAACAUCAUCGUUGUGGACUGGAACCAGGGGGCAACGACUCUCAUCUACAGCUAUGCUUCCAGGAAGUGCAAAAGAGUUGCUGAGAUUCUGAAGAAAUUCAUAGAUGAAAUGUUGAUUGAUGGAGCGUCCCUUGACUCCAUGCACAUGAUAGGAGUGAGCCUGGGAGCACACAUCUCUGGCUUUGUGGGACAGCUGUUUGACGGCACACUGGGAAGAAUCACAGGCCUCGACCCCGCGGGUCCCUUGUACAGGGGCACGGCGCCGAGCGAGAGGCUGGACCCCACGGACGCGCAGUUUGUGGAUGUCAUUCACUCCGACACCGACGGACUGGGUUAUGGAGAAGCACUGGGCCAUGUCGACUUCUAUCCCAACGGCGGGAGCGACCAACCAGGCUGUCCACUGACACUCUUUUCUGGAUUGCAGUAUUUUAAAUGUGACCACCAGAGGUCUGUUUUCCUGUUCCUGUCCUCCCUGACACAGAGCUGCAACAUCACCACAUACCCCUGCAACUCGUACAGGAACUACAGGGAUGGCAAAUGCACCAGCUGUGAAUCCUUCUGGCCCAUGCCAUGCCCCAUCCUAGGUUAUUAUGCCUAUGAGUGGAAAAGCUAUUUAACACAACAGAGCCAUCCAGUGACAAGUAUGUUUUUCGACACAGCGGACAAAGAGCCAUUUUGCAUCUAUCACUACUUGGUGGACAUUAUCACAUGGAACAAGGACACCAGGAGAGGCACCUUCAGCAUCGUGCUAGCUGAUGAAGAUGGGAGGAGGGCAGAAUCAAAAGUUAAUCCAGAAGCUGCCACCUUCCAGCAGUACAAACAAAUCACUUUGCUCAUUGGGUUUGACCAGGAUCUUGAAAAUGUGGAAAGAAUUUCCUUGACAUUUUCCACGGGAUCUGUCAUUGGCCCAAAAUUCAAACUCAGGAUUCUCCAGAUGAGGUUCCACUCACUGACAAACCCAGAAAGACCCCAGCUGUGCCGAUACGACCUGGUCCUGACUGAGAACACCCAGAAAACCUUCAAGCCCAUCCCAUGCUGA